UUGCUUUGCUAUUGGUUGCCAGCCUUAUGCAGCUGCCUGUCAACAAGAUGGCCUUGCUCGACUAGUCUCUCAUGGCUGACUAUUAUGGUUAGCUAUGCAGGGAACCUAGGAACUGUACUUGCCUCCUCAGCCAUAAGCCAUCUGAAAGUGUCCAAAAUUGAAACAAGUACUCAACACAAAUGAUUGAUUUACGAUCGCGUUUUCUCAUGUUGGGAACUCGACUGCAUCCAAUUUGAGUAUGGAUUAACGUUAGCUUAAUCAAGAUACGUACCGCAGGUAGCUAACGUUCAUGCUAACAAGGAUUUAGCCAAAGCUAACAGGCUAGGUUGCUUGAUACCUGCAACCCGACAUCCUUGUUCGGAUUCCUUCCUUGUUUGGUGCUCUGAAAGGGAAGAGGAUUCAGUUUAUUGACACGUCUACGAGUAAAAACAUUUCUGGACGCAUAAACGAGACAACAACAACUUACCCAAGGAUUGUUUUUUGAUUGUAGAUCCACUGGUGCCUGCAAGCUGAGAAGUGUGAAUGAAAAUGUGUGGCGACGUCUUCUGCAGCCGUCCAGCGUAGAGACGCAGAUAUGCUCCUAGCGGGCCCAUUAUGAACCGUGACACCUUCUCCCACAUCCGGCUGUGGUGCCCGCGCCCCUUCGGCACCUACUCCCAGAACAAACCAUAUGGAGGGGGCACGGGGGGCAAUGGACCGGCCCCCUCGCUCUGCAAGGCAGAUGCCGCGGGCAGAACGUCCAUAGACGGUGGCGUCGGAUCCGGGCCAGAGGAUGACGAGGACGCCGGCACGGAGAACACCCCUCCAACCGCCGUGAACAACAUGCAGCCGCCACCGCCACCACCAGCCCCCCCAUCGCCCACCACGCAAGUGGAGGACGGCCGGGUCCUGCUUGACACCUGGUACGUCAUCAAGCCGGGCAACACCAAGGAGAAGAUCGCCUUCUUCGUGGCGCACCAGUUCAGCGGCACGGGCCUGCCUAGGCCCAGCGCCAUGAAGGUGAAGGGCAACUGGGCCACCGAUUGCACCAAGGCCAAGCGGCGGCGGCGCUGCUCGUCGUACGACCCCCCCACCAGGGCCCCCAACGAGACCUCGCCUGCCGACGCGGUGCUUGUGGAUGAUGGCCUCGGGGGUGUCAGCGAGACGGACUUGCUGUCCGUGGCGGAGAUGGUGGCUCUGGUGGAGCAGCGCACAGCCAUGGCCCUACAGGGCAUGGUGGUCCAAGGGCAAACCACCCCCAGCCAUCACCUUCACCCCCAGUCGAACGCCGUCCCCCCAGGCUCCGACUCGGACACCGGUCCGCUGGUCUACAUGUCCGAGGACACCUUGUCUCUGCCGGACUCCAGCAGUGACCUGGACGAGCAGCAGCAUGAGCUGGAGCAGCAGCCGAAUGACACCCGGCGGGUCGCCCAGGCCGUGGCGCACUACGAGUCGCAGCAGGGCGUGCCAGAGAAUGUACCCGCGAAAGACCAAGCGCCCGCCACCCCUGCGGGCGCCCCUCCCACGGCGGCCCACGGCAGGGGUGAAGUCCGAAUUGCCUUCCGAGUGUCCAGCUUGGACUCUCGCUCCCAGUCGGAGCCGGCCGGUCGCCCCCGCUGCAUGUUCAUGAGCUGCGGGUCAAGCGGAGCACAGAAUGGCGCGCGGUCCAAAGAGAAGAUCACCUGUGACCUGUACCAGCUGGUCAGCCCUUCCUCUCGAGACCCGAGUCUCCUAUUAGCUGGCUCCCCGAAGGGAGACGGCUUGGGGGACGGGCACCCCGACCGGCCCCCGUCGGCCUCUUCCGCCACCCCGGACCCCAACCCUGACCUCGUCCCUGCGGAGAAGAAGAAUGUUUCUCGCGAGCGCGUGACUGGUUUCCACGUGGAGGUGGUGGUGACUGGCGCGGUGGACCAGUGCGUUUUUUACGGUAAGGACAGCACAGAGAAUGUCCAGGAGGAGACGGUGUGUUUCGCCAAGCCGGGAGGAGGGGGCAGCUCGUCGGACGCGUCGGAGGACCCCCCACCCGGUCAGCUCUUCUUCCUGCAACCGCCCACCCCCGACGAGGAAGUUGGGGUCAAGGGCAUGGGUGUGAACGGUGGCGGCCUGUGCUCUUUGGACUGUGCUAACAACAACAACAGCAGCAGUGGGUCAGCCGCGGGUAGCGGCGGUGGUGGCGUUAACGGGACAGUCGUCGGCGCCGCUGAGCGGCCCGACUCGCCACUCCCAGGCGUGGAGGACGGAACGGGCGGCGAUUCGUCCUCCUCGUUGUGCCGCCUCUACCGCCACGUCUCGCACGACUUCCUGGAGAUCCGCUUCCAGAUCCAGCGGCUGCUGGAGCCGCGGCAGUACAUGCUCUCGCUCCCCGACCACAUCAUGGUCAACAUCUUCAGCUACCUGCCUACGCGCUCGCUCGCCGCCCUCAAGUGCACGUGCCACGACUUCAAGGCGCUCAUCGAGACGUACGGCGUGCGCGCCACGGACUCCCGCUGGAACCAGGACCCGCAGUACCGCGACGACCCCUGCAAGCAGUGCAAGCGGCAGUACGAGCGCGGCGACGUCUCGCUCUGCCGCUGGCACCCCAAACCUUACCACCACGACCUGCCUUACGGACGCUCCUACUGGAUGUGCUGUCGGCGCACCGACAAGGACACGCCGGGCUGCCGCGUGGGCUUGCAUGACAACAAUUGGGUGCAGCUGUGCGACCUGGUGCAAACACGCUCAAAGCGAGACGACGGGAGGUAAAGGGCCCGGGGUGGCGUUUGGGGGUGACGGGCUGAUUUUUUUGGUUCGAGGCAGGGCGUAUUGGGGAAGGGGGGAGCUGGGGGUUCUCAUCAUCAUCCUCCUCCAGCUCCCGCCUCUUCCUCGUCUCUCUCUCUCCCGCUGCCCCCCGUCUCCCCCAUCCUGCCUGUCCUCUUUGUACCUCAGAAUGCCAGAGUAAUGUUGGAGGGUCUGGUUUGCCUCCUCUUCCCACCUCUCAGCUCUGUCUAACCUCGCUAUCAUGUCUGUAUGAGUUCUUAGCAGUACGUCACUCUCUAACACACACAUACAUACACCUGUAACUGGCAGGCCAAUGCACAUGUAUGGAGGAAUAAAUGGAGGCUGGUGGAAA